UUUAUCGAAAUUUCGCAUUGUCACUUACAAAUUCUCAUCAUCAGUGAGAUCUGCCGUAAUUUUUACAGUUUACGUGAAUAUAUUUGCCUUGUUGUAACCAAGUCAAUCAUGUCUGGAGCAUUAUUUGGAAGUUCCGCUACCGGAGGUCGUCCAUCCAGUAAAAAUCUGGUGGAAUUUCGAGCUGGUAAAAUGGAAUUGAAAGGAACGACUGUGACUCCCGACAAGAGAAAGGGUCUUGUCUUCCUUCACCAGCCCGACGAUACGCUCAUGCACUUUUGCUGGAAAGACCGCACAUCUGGCACAGUUGUGGACGAUCUGAUUAUAUUCCCUGAUGACUGUGAAUUCAAGCGUGUCCCACAAUGCACCACUGGAAGGGUUUACCUCCUGAAGUUCAAGUCUUCUGCUCGCAAAUUUUUCUUUUGGAUGCAGGAGCCAAAGACUGAUAAGGAUGAGGAAUUAUGCAAGAAGGUAAAUGAUGUGCUCAAUAAUCCACCUGCCCCUGGCUCCAGUGGUCUCGGAGGAGGACGGGGCACUGGUGGUCUGCCAGCCGACUUGGGUGGGCUUGGAUCAGCACUUGGUGAGGGAGGUUUGCAGUCAAUGCUAGGAAACAUGGAUCAGCAGCAGAUGAUGCAGCUCCUCAGUGGAGGAGGUCUGGGUGGACUCGGUCCUCUAGGUUUGCAGAGCAUGUUGGGAGGAGCUCGAUCUGGAGGUGGAUCUGAGUCAACACCAUCAAGAACCCAAUCCUCUGCUCGUCCUGCUACAUCAUCUAGCAGCAAUGUGACACCUGCCACUACUCAAAGCUCCACCCCAGCAGCUAGGCCAUCUACCACUCCAGCCACUGCCCCGUCAUCUGCUCCUAGUGCUACCCCUGCUUCUACUACGUCCUCUGCUGCAUCAGCUGCUGCUCCGGCUUCAGGACAGCCUGCUAUUCAGCUGAGGGACUUGCAGAGUAUCCUUAGCUCCAUGAACCUGCCAGGAGAUGCAGCACCUGCACAACCAGCUGUUGACCUGAGUCAGCUGAUGACUUCAGAAGCCAUGACCCCAAUUCUAGCCAAUCAGGAGAUUCAACAGAAGCUUAUUCCAUUCUUGCCAGAGGGGGAAUCACUUCCAAAAGAUCCUGAGCAGCUUCGGGCCACUCUUCAGUCCCCCCAGUUUAAACAGGCAUUGGGUAUGUUUACAGCUGCAUUCCAGUCCGGUCAGUUAGGUCCUCUUAUGACUCAGUUUGGUCUCAGCUCGGAGGCAACAGAUGCUGCUAAUAAAGGAGAUAUUGAGGCUUUCAGCAAGGCUCUUCAGGGUGGUUCAGACUCCAAGGGAGAGAAGAAAGAUGACGGAGGAAAAGACAAGAAGAAAGAUGGAGAUGAGGACGUAAUGAAUGUUGAUUAGAAUCUCUGUGUGGUAAUCAUCUCAAACGUCAUUAAUGAAUCUACUGAAAAUAUAGGUAGAGAGAAUAACCACCAGUAAUAAUAUUAAGGCAUGUACAUCUUCUUUUUUUUUUAAAGUACACCUUGUAAGAAUAUGGUCAAUGUUAAUUAGAAAGGUGAUGGAAUAAAGUCUAGUUCAGGGAUUCUCAAAUGGUGGCGCGCGCGCCACUUGUGGCGCACCGAGCCUUGCGGAGUGGCGCUUGGGAGCAGGUAUAAAAAAAGAACGUAAAAAUAAGGAAAAAUUGGUGAGAAAAAAUGUAUCUACCAGUAACCUGGAAAUAAGGAUUUGGUGAUCAUUUUAAUACAAAGAGAAAACAAAAACUCUUUACUUGACACUUAAUUGCUAAUUGAUUUCCUCAAAUUUUGUCCAAUUUAGCACUCGAUAACCCCUAUUAUGGAGGGUCGAUGGUGUUCUCCUUUUUAUUUAUUCUAUGCUGUACAAAGUUAAUGUUCCACACAAGUGAUUUGAAAACCCCGUUUGUAGGAUUUCUCUUUCAACGGCGAGAAAUUUUCCAUUUCCAGAGUAUACGUUUUGGUUAAGAGUUAAACAUCAAAUAAUAUGAUAUUCAAAGUACAUCCUGAUCAUAAAAGAUUUUGACUUUGGGACAUAACAAGCAGAAACUUUGUUUCCGGAGCCGAUUAAAAUCCCAAGUUGUAAAAGUGAAAUACAUGUAUGGUCAGAUGUAUUGCCUGCUGUGAUUGCCUGCAUGCACUCUUGCUUAACACGAGUUGUAGAGAGAGAGAUCUAUCGAGAGGGGCAGUUUGGGGCGUUAGUGCAGUGCAACGCCUAAUUUUCAGCCCUUGCAAAAUCGGGGAACGUAACUUCAGCCACUGGCGUACAGAUGGGGGUGGGGAUUGGGGGCCCCCCAAGUGUUUCACGGCCAAGAAAAAAAAGGAGAAAAGGAAAGAAAAGGAAAGGGAAAGAGUGGAACAUUGUAUUAUUUUCUUAAUAUUAUGUCAAAAUAUAGAUUUUUGUAUUGAAAAAUUCAAUAUUUUUGCUUCAGCUGCCAUAUCUUGUCCCCUUAUUUUUUUUUUUACUCAUUACGCCACUUUCUUCAGCCAAUAGGUCUGGUGCAAAACAGUUUGAACUAGUGGUAUCAUUGGUAUGUUGUGAAAAAGUCACUGGUAAUUUUUCUUUUAAUAUUCAUAUUGUGUAGUUUGUUGGCAUUUGUAUUUCUUCUGUUGAUAUUAAUUAGAGCCCCUCUGGGCAAUUUAAAAGGCCUCAUAUUCAAAAACUUCUGGGGGCUCUGCCCCCUCGACCCCCACCAGGGGCCUCUGGACCCCCUCCGCUGAUACAUUGCUGGUUUGCAUAAUGGAUAGUGCGGGGGAUAGUGGAGCAUUACAGAUUCUCAACAAGAAAUGUGGCGCUUCAAAAAAAGUAAUUGAGAAUGGCUGGUCUAGUUUCUGAAGCAGUAGCAUAAAGCAAACCUGAUAAAAAGGGAAUGUACAUGUAUAUUUGCUGAGGGCAGCGAUAAUAUGUCCUUUAACCUGAGACCAUUUAAAUGAAUGUGAAGAAAUAUGCCUGCUAUCAUAUUGGAAAAACAUUGGUUUUUUUUCACCUCCACAUAGGGUUAGACUCAGACAAAAGCAAAUAUAAUGCAGCAUAAAGUUAAUUGGUCAUUUCUAUGCUGCUUUAUGAUUUCGUAAGGGCUGUUGCAAGAAAAUAUUUGCUGUCAAUCGCAAAUUUUAGUUGCAAAUUUAAAUAGAUCAAUUUCAUCUAAAGCAAAUCAAUUUAUACUUAAAUAAAUGCUGCAGGCCAUUGAUCGAUUUCAAAAUUGCAAUUAAUUGCAAGGCUUAUUGAUUUUGGGGCUGUAAAUUGACUUUUGAUCAGCAAGUUUCUUGCAACACUCCAUUAGAGUCUUUAAACCUCUUAUACUCAACAAAGUCUUUGUAAUGACUACAAAGCUUCUGAUAUUGUGGUGUGUUUUCUUUCUUUUGACUGAAAAGAUCAGCAAAAUGUAUAUUUCUAUCACCAUGAAGUGAAUCAAACUUUGUUUUGGUGAUGAAGAACAAAAUUUUGUUUCAUAUAAGUAAUUUUUUGUGCAAUCGUAUAUCAACACUCAGUGUAUGUGGACUCUGAUGAUGAAUAUGAUAUACUGAAAACACAAUGUUAAAUCUUCAACCCGGCAGUAUACAAGAAACCAUAAUAAUAUUUUGAUGUAUCAUUUGAGAAUUUAAAGGAAUAACUUGUUCAUUUUACCUACACCUGCGUGGAGAGAGGCAAAUGAAGAUUUAUAAUUUCUUCUUGUAUGUUUUAUGAUUCAUUUUUAUGCUGAUAAAUAAAUUUCGUGUGUGGCAUGCACAAUACAUGAGGAGUUAUUUGAAGCUGCAGGAAAUGACGAGAGUAUGCAUAAAUUGGAAGGGGAGUACUUUGAUAAAAUGUACUGGUAGUUCAAGAUAUUUUGAUUUAUAAUGAUUUAUGAUUAUUCGGGAAAUUUAAUAGACCUGUUAUUGUACAUAAAUGAUGAAAUUUCCCCUAAGGCUUGUCAUUUUAUCCUGCAUUCAUAAUUGUUUGCAUUGUACUAGUAUUAUUAAAUUCCCCUUGUUCUGUGAUUCUGCUGUGCUGCAUCACUUUAAAUUGUUAAAUUUAAAUAAAGUCAAUAAGAAGAGCAUGUGA